AUGAACAAGCUCAAUAUUUUUGUUUCAACUUCAUGUUUACGUUUUACGGUUUUAUUCCUAUUGAUUGUUUAUGUAUCGGCAAAAACUGUCAAUACGAUUGCAAAUGAUCAAAACCCAAAAGUUUAUGUAAUACCGGACAUUUCUUUCUUAUUUAAGAGUGACAACAGGUAUUCCGAUCAUGCACCGCUGGUAUUGAAUCACGGCAUGGAAGAUGACCAAACUUUUAUUAUACCAUAUCAUAGACGUAGCAUUCAUAUCGAACGUCAACGAGCCCUACAUGCUCAUGGAAUCAUCGGUCGACGCCGCUAA